AUGCUCGGACGCUCCGUUUUUGCCGCGACUCUUUUCGCGCUUGCUCAAUUCGCUGUCGCCGCGCCCCCUGCCUGUCUUCUUGCGGCAGCUGGCCAAUACAAUGACCCGGCCACGAUCAAGAUGGUAUGCCAAUCCAAGGACAUGAAGUCCCUGGUUGCCACGAUUUGUCCCAACGAUGUGGACGCUGCGGUCGCGGCGCUUGCAGAUAUCUGCAAUAGCCAGAAUACCAAUGUUGCCUCCGGCAUAUCUUCUGCGACCGCCCCCUUGACCACGGGCUCAUCAUCCCCUAAGCCUACCAGCACUGAGGCCUCUACUCUGGUUCCUCUGUACCCUACUGGCUCUGGCAGUCACAACAGCGCAAAUGGCACCGCUCCCAUGUCGACUGGCAGUCACAACAGCGCAAAUGGUACCACUCCCAUGUCGACUGGCAGUCACAAUAGCGCAAAUGGUACCACUCCCAUCGCGACUGGUACUCCCAAGCCUGUUACCAGCGCCACUGGCCCUGCUAGUGUUCCCAGUCCCAGCGGCGCCGCUGGGAAGGUCGAUCUCGGACUCGCAGCUGUUUUCGCCGGAUUCAUGGUUGCUGCUUUGUAA